GUCUUGGUUUGAUUAGCCGAGCGACUCCGUAACUGGCCGAGAAUUGCCGAAUCAUCUGUCCUGCCCGGACUGCUGGAAGCGGCCGCAACGCCAUGUUGGCGAAGUGUCUCAUCUCUGUGAGAAAAAAAUGAUAGAAAACAUACUUGUCGAGAAGAAAAGGUAGAUUGCCGAAGGAGGCUGAAGAUCGUGGCGAUUAUUUCUUUUGAAAGAAAGGAACCGAGCCGGAUCCGCAGAGGUUCCGGACGGGCGAGGGAGGCUAAACCUCCCACCGUCCCCAUGAAUAGCACCGCUGAUCCGAACAGCGACUUUCCAUGAAAAAAAAGACGUUUGUAUUGCUAUUCGAGCUUCGUUAUCCCAGUUCGGUAAAGGGAUUUUGGGGCCUGCUUCAAGAAUCUGCUUACGCUUGCUCCAUGUAUGCAAGCUAGGCGUUGUUUGUAUCAGUAUUUAUUAAGGUAUUGUUUUUAUUUGUUGAUUUUUUUGCGAUGAGUUUGCCACCGAAAGUGGUCCCCAAACCCGCCGCUGUCGCAGUUAGCGGACCUGGAAGUGGCCCCUCUCCGUCGAGCCAACUGCGGGCUACCCUGACCUCCGUGUCUCUGCCGCCGGGAGCCCCGACAGCUCCUCAGCCCGGCGCUGUACCGCCAUCUCAAAUCCCACGGGUUCAGCCAUCACUGGAUGACCGAAUCUUCCCCACACAGCCUGGAGUCGCUGCAGUCUACAGCGUACCCAGGCAUGCUGGCCCUCCUUACACUGCUCACGACAUCACAAAGGGACACCCUAACUUGGCGGGCACUCCGCCCGGUCAUGCCCACUCCCCGGCGCUCUCUCAGGUAUCAGUACCCACAGCUUCCCCAUAUCGCUACCCUAAGGGCUGGGAGGCAGGCGGAGGGUCUCCGUACAACCCUGGACAGAAUGCUGGCUCCGCCCCACUAGUGUAUGCUCCCCAGACACAGCCAAUGAAUGCACAGCCACAGAGUCGCCCGUUCGCUACGGGCCCUCGACCAACCCACCAUCAGUUUUUCCAGAGGACUCAGAUGCAGACCGCGAGGCCCACCAUCCCUACAAACACACCCUCCAUACGGCCCGGCUCACAGACUCCCACAGCGGCUGUUUACCCCACUAAUCAAGCAAUCAUGAUGACCAUGGCACCUAUGCCUUUUCCUUCCCCACAGGCUGCACAGUACUACAUCCCACCGUAUCGCCAUAGUACGCCUUACGUGGGACCUCCUCAGCAGUAUUCUGUACAGCCUCCAGGGUCUGGCACCUUCUAUCCUGGUCCAGGGCCAGGGGAGUACCCUGCCCCAUAUCAUCCCCUCAGGUACCACCCACCUGUCUCACCCUCUGUCCCUGCUCCCGUUCCCACAGCUGGCCCACCCUACUACCCGGGACAGACUGUGUACCCCGCCUCACCCCCCAUCAUAGUGCCUACACCACAGCAACCUCCACCAGCCAAGCGUGAGAAGAAAACAUCCUCCCAGAUCCGUAUCCGUGACCCCAAUCAGGGUGGCAGGGAUAUCACCGAGGAGAUCAUGGCAGGGGGUUCAGGGAGCAGGAAUUCAACGCCUCCUGUCGGUCCCCCCUCCUCCACCCCAACCCCCCCACAGCAGCAGCUGAGCAGCAGCCAGACUCCAGAGCAGCAGCAGCAGCAGCAGCAGCAGCAGCAGCAGCAGCAGCAGCAGUCGCAGCCUCCUCAGCCACAGCAAACCCACUCUGGAGGCUACACGUUGGAGCCCCCCCAGAUACCACAGCCACCGCAGCCACAGCAGCCACAGCAACCACUGACAACUGGGGGUUCAGACACCAAACCAGGGCCAGAUGAAACGCCAAAAUUGGAGCCAGUUGUCCAGAAGUCUUCCUCACCCGGGCUUGUGCAGCCUGAAGCCCCCGUGGAGAGACUGGAGGCCAACACUCCCGUAACUGAGCCCUCUCCUACAGUUGAACCAGAGCUUCCCUUCCCCGCCUCACUGACCGCCCCUGUCACUCUCCCACCUACAGUGGCCAACACCAGUGAACGUCCCUCAGCCAAGGAGUCCGCUGCCUCAGCGUCGUCUCCCUCCUCCUCCUCUGUCGGGGAACACAAACCGUCGUCUUUGGCACCACCUCAGACUCCCAACACAGACAAGCCUCUCUCAGAAGCCCCACGAACUCUGGCCGCCUCGCCAGCGCCAGCUCCCAAAGCUCUGAAUGGCCUUGCAGACCCUGGGACUGAACUAGACACCCCAGCUCAUGAGCCUUCUCUUCUGUCCACAGCUGCACUCCAGCCCCAGGCCUCUGCUCCUGCUUACAGACAGGCCUCCUCCUCUGAAACCUUGCCCUCUGACAUAAGGCCGGAGGUGCCCAUUGCUGCUGCGCUCGCCCCCAUGGCACCUGUGGCUGUGGUGCCAGUCACCCUGACCUCAAGCCCUGCCCCAGCUACGCCAGUUAUGCUCCCACCUGGCCUUCCGCCUCUAGUGCAGGCCACAACAGAGGCCGAUGAGCCGAGCAAGUCCUUGGACACUAAAGACCUCGUCCCCAGUGCAGGGACAGAGGCACACGGAGGCAUUACUGACAGCAAAACAGAGUCCCAGCAACAAGCGCUCACCAGGAAGAGUCCCACUACAGUAAAUCAAACUGCUUCUGCUAUACCAAAGACCUGGAGAAAACCAAAUGAAGGGAUCUCUGCUGGAGAUGCACCUCAAAAGGAGGACGAGGACGAGCCCAGGCCAGUAGAUCAGCCCGCCGGAGACCAGUCCCUGCAGUCAGCUCCACUGAGCAGCAGCCCUGUGCCCCUACCGUCAGGCUUCAGCUCCACCACUGCUCCGGCUCCUGCUAGCAGCCCCGACGCUGACGGGAAGCCGGCCGCCCCGGAGGAGAACGGCGAAUCCGAGCUGGAGCCCAUGAGGAACGGGGCGGGCCACACCUCGGAGACGGAGAGCAGCGACAGCGGGGUCACCCACGGAGACAAGGAGAACUCCACAGGGGCUCCACAGGACGUAGAAGACCUGUCUGAGGCCAGCGGGAAGCGUCAGUAUGACAGGGACUUCCUGUUGGGCUUCCAGUUCAUGCCUGCCUGCAUACAGAAGCCUGAGGGGCUCCCACCGAUCAGCGAUGUGGUGCUUGACAAGAUGAACCAAAACAAGGUGCUGUCUCGAGUGGUGGAUUCCAGGGUAAUUUCCAGAGGACCUGACUUCACACCUGCCUUUGCAGAUUUUGGCAGGCAGAUGACCGGAGGAAGAGGCGCUGCACUUAUGAACAUCGGCACGCGGCGGCCUCCGCCCAGGAAGAUCAUCAUGAAUGUGUCGGUGAACGACGAUGUUCAGCUGAAAAAGUCCGAGAAUGCCUGGAAACCUGGCAUGAAGAGAGAGUCCCCCCCAGAGGACCCUGAGGCGCAGAAAACACAGGAGCUCUUCAGGAAGGUACGCAGCAUCCUGAACAAGCUAACGCCUCAGAAGUUCAACCAGCUGAUGAAGCAGGUGACGGACCUGACCAUCGACACAGAAGAAAGGCUCAAAGGAGUCAUCGACCUCGUGUUCGAGAAGGCCAUCGAUGAGCCCAGCUUCUCUGUCGCUUACGGAAACAUGUGCCGCUGCCUCGCCACGCUUAAAGUGCAAAUGACAGACAAACCCAACACCACAGUGAACUUUCGCAAGCUGCUGCUAAACCGCUGCCAGAAGGAGUUUGAGAAAGACAAGGUGGACGAUGUGGUGUUUGAGAGGAAGCAGAAAGAGCUGGACUCUGCUGCAUCGUCGACGGAGCGUGAGCGGCUUCAGGAAGAGCUGGAGGAAGCCAAGGACAAAGCCAGAAGGCGUUCCAUCGGCAACAUAAAGUUCAUCGGCGAACUUUUCAAGCUCAAGAUGUUGACGGAGGCCAUCAUGCACGACUGCGUGGUGAAGCUGCUGAAGAACCACGACGAGGAGUCUUUGGAGUGCCUGUGCAGGCUGCUAACCACCAUCGGCAAGGAUCUCGACUUCGAGAAGGCCAAGCCUCGGAUGGAUCAGUAUUUCAAUCAGAUGGAGAAAAUCGUCAAGGAGAGGAAGACGUCAUCUCGGAUACGGUUUAUGUUGCAGGAUGUUAUAGACCUGAGAUUGCACAACUGGGUGUCCAGAAGAGCCGAUCAGGGCCCGAAAACUAUCGAGCAGAUCCACAAGGAGGCGAAGAUUGAAGAGCAAGAGGAGCAGAGAAAAGUGCACCAGCAGCUGCUCUCCAAGGACAGCAAGAGACGGCCAGAUCCAAGAGAACAGAGAGAACAGAGAGAUCAGCGCGUGCAGAGAGAAGAGACCUGGAACACUGUGCCCAUGACAAAGAACAGCAGGACCAUUGACCCCACCAAGAUCCCAAAGAUCUCAAAGCCUCAAAUGGAUGAGAAGAUCCAGCUCGGCCCUCGGGCUCAAGUCACGUGGGUGAAGGGCAGCAGUGGAGGAGCCAAAGCAAGCGACUCAGAACUAUCACGGACUGGCAGCAGCCUCAACCGUUACUCUGCGCUGCAGUCUACACCUUCACCUCAACCCUCCACCACUCCUCCACAGAACCCAGACUUUGACUCCAGGAGAACUCUGGGAAGCACUCGUAGCAGUACAGGGAGAGAACGCAGCGAGAAACCUCUGAUCUCCGUGCCGCCAUCGUCACGGCCCGGAUCUUUCAUCAGGGGAAGCAGUUCGAAGGAGCUGCUGGAGAGCCAAAUCCCGGAAGAGCCACGAAGAGACCGGGAGCGAGAGGGAGCCGAGCCGCGGAGACCGAGCGUCACCGAGGACAAAACGGAGCCGGAGCGCAGCAGAGUCAAGGAGCCUGUGAAACCUGAGCCAGCGGCGCAGACACCGGACAGACCUGCCCUGUCUGAGGAGGAGAUAGAGAGGAAGUCAAAGUCCAUCAUCGACGAGUUCCUCCACAUAAAUGAUUACAAGGAGGCUAUCCAGUGUGUGGAAGAGCUCGAGUUGGGCUCUCAGCUGCACAUCUUCGUGCGCGUCGGGGUGGAGUCGACCCUGGAGCGCAGUCAGAUCACACGGGACCACAUGGGCCAGCUCCUCUUCCAGCUGGUGCAACAGGGAAUCCUGCCCAAACCCCAGUUCUACAAAGGGUUUGCAGAGACGCUGGAACAAGCGGACGACAUGGCCAUCGACAUUCCCCAUAUCUGGCUGUACCUGGCCGAGCUGCUCAGCCCUGUGCUGAGAGAAGGGGGCUUCUCUAUGAGAGAGCUCUUUAGUGAAUUAAGCAAACCUUUGCUUCCUGUGGGAAGAGCUGGGAUCUUAAUUUCUGAAAUACUGUACAUACUAUGCAAACAAAUGAGCCAUAGGACUGUGGGUUCUCUGUGGAGGGAAUCUGGCCUCAACUGGACCGACUUCCUCCCAGAGGGAGAAGACGUCCAGGCUUUCAUCUCACAACAGAAACUCCAGUUCGUUCUGUCAGACGACUCCGGCCCUGAGACGACUGUGUCUAAAAGGAUCUUGUCUCCUGAGGAGCUGAGCCGCCAACUGGAGAGACUCCUCCUGGAGGACAUGGCCAGCGACGAGCAGAUCUUCGACUGGGUCGAGGCAAACCUAGAUGAAUCUCAGAUGAGCUCGUCUCCCUUCCUGAGGGCUUUGAUGACAGCUGUGUGUAAGGCAGCAGUGAAAGAUGAUAACACCAACUGUCGAGUGGACACGGCCAUCAUCCAGAGGAGAUUGCCUGUAUUACUCAAAUACCUUAACUCAGACACUGAGCGACAGCUGCAAGCACUUUAUGCACUUCAGGCGCUGAUAGUCGCCCUCGAUCAGCCUCCAAACCUUCUCCGGAUGUUCUUUGACUGUCUGUAUGAUGAGGACGUCAUCUCGGAGGACGCUUUCUACAAGUGGGAGACGAGCAAAGACCCUGCCGAGCAGCAGGGUAAGGGUGUGGCCCUCAAGUCCGUCACAGCCUUCUUCACCUGGCUGCGGGAGGCGGAGGAGGAAUCUGAGGAUAAUUGAUGAGGGAGACACCUCCGGGACACAGCAUAGUAGAACUGCAUCCUUACAGCAGAACAAACAUUCAAAAUGGGUGUGUGGGCAGGACGACAUGUUAACGGCUGGAAUUUUUUUCUGCGGUACGGUUCUGAAACAUGCCGCCAUUUUGAGUUUGGAUUCCAACGGCGGAAGCACUAAAUACCUGUAUAAUACAUAGAAAAUAUUUUUGUUUUAAAUUUUAACUUACUUUUUUUUUGUUACUUUUUAAGAAGAGACUUAAAAGAUACAUAGGUUCUGGACUCUUUAAUUUAUUAUUUUUUUAAGGACUGCAAAUAUGAAAGUUAUUUAACAUUUGCAGAUGCUCACAAUGAGAAAAUGACAACAGAAAUAACAAUAUAAUUAAUUAUAAUAACAAAAUAAUAAUUGUGAAAUGAA